CGUAAACAAUAUUAUAAUAACCCUCGUGUGGAUAGAAAUGUCCUGCACCGCUGCAGAAAUUGCCGAAAAGAAGCGAAUAGCUCUGGCAAAAUUACAAGCCAGGCAAGCACAGCUAGCUGCAAACGUAAAACCAAAAGAACCUGCCGCAACAAGUGGUGCUAGCGUGAAAUUAGGUUCAAAGCAAACAGUCAACUUCUACAGAUCUCCACCACAGAAUGGCGAAAAGCCUACUGUGUCCCUGCCCAACAGCAACAGCAAUAAGAGCACCACAUUUUUGAAUGCACUUAAAGCCAUUAAAGGUGUUUCCUCCCGCGAAAUUGCACGCUCCUCGUCACAUCCCUAUUAUCGUCCGAAUGGAGACCACAAACCAAUCUUGGGGCUUACGCCAGAGGAAGAGAAGCCUGUGGCGUCUGUCUUUGUGAAAUCGGUGACCUGCCGUCCUUACAUGAUAAGCGCCCAGCGUUUUGCAGUGCACAUUUCUGGCUAUCAUGAACAACUGAUUGAGGUGUUUAAGAAAAUACCUUCCAGGGCGUACGACAGCAACACGCGCAUUUGGAAUUUUCACGUUAAUGACUACGCACUUUUGCAAAAACAUGUCGGCGAUUUGAAGCCGGACGUACUAAUUGGUACCAUACCCAAAAAAGUGAUGGAAAUGUGUCAAGCACCGUCAACAUUACCGGAGCACAGUUGCCUGGCGUCGAUAGAGCCUAAACUGGCACAGAAAUUGAUGCCAUUUCAACAGGAUGGUGUAUGCUUUGCCAUUGCGCAGCAGGGUCGAAUCAUGAUCUGUGAUGAAAUGGGUUUGGGAAAAACAUAUCAGGCACUGGCUGUUGCUGACUACUUCAAGGAUGAUUGGCCGCUCCUAAUAUGCACCACAGCAUCAACGCGUGACUCAUGGAAUAGGCACGUAACUGAGCUGUUGCCGAGCGUUCCGGUGCACUGUGUUCAAGUUUUGGACAACAAUCAGCAGUACCUGUUAGAUGCCAGGGUGCUCAUUAUCAGCUAUACAAUGAUGGAAAGGAUUACAGACAAAUUGCUGGAACGAAAAUUUGGCUUUCUUAUUUUUGACGAGUCGCAUACAAUAAAGAAUUUGAAGGCGAAAUGCACUGUAAGUGCCAAAAAACUGGCCGAUAAAGCGAGACGUGUCGUGCUUUUGUCCGGAACUCCAGCGCUAUCGCGUCCUUUAGAACUCUUCUCCCAGUUGCAGCUGAUCGACAAACGCUUUAUGACCUACAUGGAUUUUACUACAAGAUAUUGUGAUGGCAAGCAGUCAAAGUUUGGUUGGGAUGCCAACGGGCAGUCGAAUCUGGAUGAGCUUAAGGCGGUAUUACUGCACAAAUAUAUGCUACGUCGAACCAAAGCCGAAGUGCUGCCGAAUCUUGCUAAAAAAAUUCGUGAGACUGUUAUUUUGGAUCCAUCGCUUGUUUGGACCAAUGAAGAAACCAAAACUAGUUUAAAUGCCCUCAGCGAAGAGCUACAAAACUCCAAAGGUAAACGCCAUGACGAGAUUCUGAUGCGCUUUUAUGCGCGUACUGCCGAGGUCAAAACGCGUGCUGUGUGCGCUUAUUUAAAAACUUUGACUAAGGAGAAGUUCAAAUUCAUAAUUUUUGCUCAUCACCGAGCUAUGAUGGAUGCCAUAACCGAUUGCCUGAAUCAAAUGAAAGUGCACUACAUACGUAUCGAUGGUAAUACGCGCAGUGAUCUUAGAGCCUGCUACGUCGAUACGUUCCAAAAUAAGAGCAACUGCAAGGUGGCUGUGCUGUCUCUGAAAGCUUGUAAUUCUGGAAUAACACUGACUGCAGCCGAAAUGAUUGUUUUUGCUGAGCUGGACUGGACUCCAAGCACCAUGGCUCAGGCAGAGAGUCGGGCACAUCGAAUUGGUCAGACGAAGCCUGUGAUUUGUCGUUAUCUUAUGGCUAGCAGAACAGCUGAUGAUACCAUUUGGAAUAUGCUAAAUAGAAAGCAGGACACGCUGAAGAAUUUGGGGGUCUUCUGUGAAGAUUUAAAGGAUACUACACACAGCACAGCGCCUACAACGUCAAAUAAAAUUGAGCAAUACUUUUCACCCGUCAAAACCAAUACUAAAGAGGAUUCCGGAACAUUGCACCAAUACCUCUCGACAGCACACAAUGAAACUAACAACAACAAUAAUAAAACAGAUUCAUUAAAAGACAGCACAUGUAAUGCUGAAAAGGAGCUCGAAGAGGACAUUGCAGACUUUUUCAAUGAUGACGAUGAUGAGGCGUUCAAGGAUUUAAUAUUUUAAUUGUUAUUAAUUGGAUCUGAAUAUAUAGAUAUAUGUUUGUAAUUAUUCGAAUAAAUUGAUUGUUUAAUGCG